AUUUUCGUAGCUGGAUUGUACAUUCAUUCCAUUCCCUCAUUGGGUUUCUUUCCCUCAAGAAACUCCAUCUGGGAAUGCCUUUCUAGUUUCCUGAGGUUCAUCCUCCAGAAAUGACUAAUCAAGUGCCUGGGAUCAUGUCCAGGCAGUUGUGUUUCGUUUCUUUGUUGCUGCUGGCGGGUUUAGCUGCAGCGCGAAAUAAUCCUAAUUCUGGUCACCACAAACAUGGACCACAGGACGGACAUGUCCAUGCCCCGCCUUCCGUCAACAAGAAAUUCUUGACCUUAAGUGGAGGUCCGCCUGUGGUGGUUGCUCGUGGUGGAUACUCGGGCCUUUUUCCUGAUUCAAGUGACCAGGCUUACAGCUUUGCUCCUAUGACAAGCCUUCCGGAUACUAUCAUGUACUGCAAUGUUCAGCUCACGAAAGACAACCUUGGAGUCUGCACGACAGACAUCCUCAUCGACCUUUCCACAACAGCAGCCCUGGCCUAUCCGAAGGGAGACAAGACUUACAAUAUCAAUGGCCGUGAUUUGCAUGGUUGGUUUGCCAUGGACUACAUGUUGGAUGACCUGAAAAACACUACAUUUUAUGUGCAGAAUGUGUUUAGUCGAUCAAGUGCAUUCGAUGGCAUGGCUCAGAUUUUAACUCCAGAUGAUCUUGCGGAAAUUGCAGCAACUGGUAAAAAUAGAAUGUGGCUAAAUUUUGACAAUGACAUGUUCUAUGCCCAACAUAAGUUAGAUGCAGCAAAAUACAUUCAAGAAUCAGGUAAGCUUUGGACGCCUAGUCACAUUUCGUCCUCAGAACUCGACUUCCUAAAGUCUCUGAGUACGAAAGUGGACAAAACCAAGACAAAGCUUGUCUUCAAGUUUUUGGGCAAAGAAGAUGUUGAGCCAACAAGCAGGCAAAAAUAUGGUCAAAUAGAUCUUGCCACACUGAAGCCUUUUGUAGCCGGUAUUGUUGUCCCUAAAGACUACAUUUUUCCGAUAACCAAGGACAACUACACAGAUGCCCCAACUACACUUGUAGCUGAUGCCCACAGACUAGGUCUUGAAGUAUAUGCUUCUGGUUUCUCAAAUGAUAUGGUGGCAAGUUACAAUUAUAGUUAUGAUCCGGUCAACGAGUACCUCCAAUUCAUCGACAACUCUCAGUUCUCCAUUGAUGGUGUGCUUACAGAUUUCCCAUCUACUGCAUCAAAUUCCAUUGCAUGCUUUUCCCAGAGCAAGAACAUCACUACCAAAACCACAAAAGGUCUGGUCAUCUCUCACAAUGGAGCUAGUGGUGAUUUCCCUGGCUGCACUGACCUUGCGUAUCAGAAAGCCAUAGAUGCUGGGGCAGACAUAAUCGAUUGCAAUGUGCAAAUGUCAAAGGAUGGAAUUGCUUUCUGCUCCAGCAACAUUGAUCUUACUGGCACAACUACAGCAGUCACUUCAUUUAUGGACAGAUCUUCCAAUAUCCCUGAAAUUCAACCAACUAACGGAAUUUUCUCAUUUGAUCUUACCUGGAGCGAAGUUGAAUCCCUCAAACCUACUAUUGAAGUUCCUAUCAAGGACGGUAGCUUGUUAAGAAACCCGAGGAACAAGAACAAGGGCAAGUUCCUGACUCUUGAUGCCUUCCUAGAACUUGCCAAGACUAGAAAAACUGGAGGGGUUAUGAUUAAGAUCAGAAAUGCUGCUUAUCUAGCAUCAAAGAAGGGUCUUGGUGUAAUAGAUGCUGUCAACACAGCUUUGCAGAAGGCAGGCCUCGACAAGGAAACCACUCAAAAGGUCAUGAUUCAAUCAGAGGAUAGCUCUGUCCUAGCAGCAUUCAAGAGCAUUCCAACUUACGAAAGAGUACUGUCUAUCAAGGAAGCAGUCAGUGAUGCACCCCCAGCAGUGGUAGAAGAAAUCAAGAAAAAUGCUAAUGCAGUUGUGAUCGACAGAGAGUCUAUUGUUCAAACAAACUCUGGUUUCUUCACGACUACUUUCACCAAAGUGGUGGAGGAAAUGCACGCUGGAAAUUUAUCUGUAUACGUCUCGCGUAUCAGGAAUGAGUAUCUUUUCCUCAGUCUGGACUACUUGGCAGAUCCUUAUCUUGAACUUGCUACAUUUGCUUCACUGAAAGUAGAUGGUUUAGUCACUGAUUAUCCAGCAACAGCAACUGCAUACUUGAGAAAUCCUUGCUCAGAUGUCAACAACCCUGCAACUGCAAUAGCCAUUUCAGCUAUUAGCCCCGGAAAUCUAAUCAAACAAGUCGAUCAAACUGCAUUGCCACCGGCUUUGCCACCAAGCCCGGUUCUUGACAAUGAGGACGUCGUUGAUCCGCCACUACCACCGGUGACCAAGAUCAAAAACAACGCAGCACCAGCGCAAGCACCUAAAGCCUCCGGAGCCACAAAGAGAGUCGGCAACUUUGGCAUUGUUUCAACUGUGAUCACUCUGUUCUUUGGUAUGGUGUGUUUCUUCUAAUGGAGAUGGAUGGACUUAUGCCUAAAUGUCAUUUCAUUAUUUAAGCCCAUAUAGUGCAAAUAACAUUAACAAUCUUAUCAAUUUUGAGAUUUUUUACUAGUA